UUUAUCAUUCGCAUGCAUGAGAUACGAGCUUCGCUCCGUCUCUCGCCACGGCGUGAGGCGGGGGGCAAAAAACUUAAUUGGAGGAUUUUUCUCCAAACUACCUACUAUUUACUCGUACGAGAGAAGUUCCCUAGGGUAAGUACUAAAGAUGGAAUGCAAUGCAAGUGAGCCGGGUCCGGACUCCGCACUAAUUUUCCAAGCAAACCCUCUCUCCGCCUAGCCAUGGCGAUAGGGGUUUCAUUCCGACGCCCUCUCCAUCGCAUCCUCUCCGAUUUUCCUCAAAUUCCAUCAUUUCCCCUUCAAAAUAUUCGAUCUUUCUCCAAAUCUACAGAUGUCCCAAGAAGGAUUCCAACGGAAUCGCCCACGAAUGGUCAGUUCUCACAACAGAGCUCCCUCGCCAGUAUCCUGCGGAGGUACCGUUUUCCCCAACCUCAGCUGCACAAAUUCAUCCAAAAGAACCGAUUUUUAUUGAAUUCUAGUCCUUCGGACAUCGAGAAAUGCAUUGGGAUUCUCCAAUCCUUGGGCCUGCCCCAGAAUUCUCUCCUAUCGAUCCUUUCCUCUUGCCCCAGGGCUCUGGAACUAGGGUUUCUGAGGAAGUGGCAGACGGGCUUCUCGGAAUUAGGUUUUCCCACGGUUUCCUCUUCCCAAGUUCAGAAAGUUCUCGAACAAUCCGGGAGGUUCCAGAUUGAACCGGAAGAGCUCCAUCGAAGUGUACAAUUCAUGAAAAAUGUCGGCUUUAGUGGUGAAACGGUGAGCAAGGUUUUCGAGGAAUUGCCUCUACCGUUGAUGAGUAAUUCUAUUGACAUUAGCCGUAAAGUUGACAUCUUGAAGGGUGUUGGACUUAAGAGGGAUGAGAUUGAUAAAGUCUGCUGCAAAUUUCCAGGUUUCUUAGCGUUCAGUUUUGAGGGUAGGCUAAGGCUCUUGUUUGAAGAGUUAUGGGAUUUGGGUUUCACUAGAAAUGAGAUCAGAAAGGUACUACUUGAUGAUCCAAAGCUUCUUCUUGGCAUGGAACGAGGAGAGCUCUCUCGAUGCAUUGAAUUGCUGAAUAGUUUGAAAUGCAGGCCAGCAAUCAAAGAGAGGAUUCUAAGGGAGGGCCUUCUUAGAGCCGGGAUCGAUGUGAAGCUUAGAGUGGACUGCUUGUGCCAGCACGGUUUGAUCCACAGAGAUGCAUUUAAGAUUUUGUAUGUAGAGCCUAGAGUGAUCAUAUAUGAUUUGGAGGAUACAGAGAAGAAAAUCGAGUUUUUGCUACACAAGAUUGGGCUUUGUGUUGAGUAUCUAGUUGAAUUUCCUGAGUAUUUGGGAGUGAAUCUUGAGAAACAGGUAAUUCCACGUUACAAUGUCAUCAAUUAUCUGAGAUCUAAUGGCGGGCUUGGUUUUGAAGUGGGAAUGAAGCAUCUGGUAAAGCUUAGUAAACUUAAGUUUUACAACUUCUUUGUGAAACCAUACCCAGAGUGCGAAAAGAUCUUUGGGGGAUUGGUAAGAGAAGUAGAAGCUAAACCACGGCAUCCGACUGGAUUGUGGAAGCUGUUUAAGCCACAAAAAUUCUCCGAUUCUAAAAAAGACAUUAGGAACAUGAAACAGUUCAUGGACACUCUGGUUUAGUACUGAUUUUACUGCCCAUGUAAAUGCUUCACAAACAUAUGAAAUUUAUGUGAAGCUAGGAUACAAUAAUGACAUUGCAACAGGAAUGUUCAAAGGUGGGUAUUGUGGAAUUGAAGGUAUCAACCUAACUGGCAUUACUUAAAGUAGGCACUGAAAGUCUGAAAUCUGCGGUUAAAAUUUGUUAAGAGGAGUUGCUGUAUGGUUUUUACGUGUUAUGAUGGGAAAUGCUCGUGCAGUCAGCAUUAUGUCAAUAUGGACCAUCAAUCAAGAAUAAGUUUUGACAUUUUAUAGAGGUCUGAAAGAUGCUGAAGAACUCAAUUGCCUCAUUAAAAGGAAUGAGAAAAGAUCGCCUGCAUGCCAGAUAUAUAUGUUUCUGCCUCUCCUGUCUAUCCAAGAUCUACAUAUCUUGCCUGAACCAGUGCAUUAAAACAACUACCCGAUUCUGAUGAAGACAUUCCCUUUGAGAGGGCCAAAACAUCUUGAAUAUCAGAGACAAUAUUAUCUUUGUAUUUGAAGCUGUCUGUCAGAUAAGCGACACAUUAUCAUGCUUUUUCUAUUGGAGAGGUGGCAGUUUGUGUUUUAUCCUAUUGAUCCAAUAGACAUGGAGUUGCUUCUUGAAGGUUACUUCAUCUCAAUCAUUAUCUUUCAA